UCACCCUCGGCAGAAGCCGGUUCCCCUCCGCUGCUGGAAGCGUCUGUUCUCCUCCCGGAGCCAGCGGCUGCCCGCCCGCCCGGGACCCCCCGCGGCAGCGGGCAGGGCUCGUUCGCUAACAUCCCGAGUGCCCCUGCCGGGCCGGGGUGCAUCCGAGCGGGGGAGGGAAAUGGGUCGUGUCAUGAACGAGUCCCCCGUAAUGGAUGUGCCAAGCAGGCGCCUUCCUCUUGGCGUCUCCUAACCUGAGCGUGCCCGAUUUUACUACUUGGUGAUACUUUAACAUAUUAUGCUUGUGUAAUUCUAUAUACUUGUAUGCUGCCCCCUUUCUCAGGGCUCUCUUGAACAGUUUCUAAUGAGAUGAGUUUAGUCAUUCGAAAUCUGCAGAAAGUCAUCCCCCUCAGGCGAAUCCCACUUCGCAGAAGAAUAGAAAUCCUUCAGAAGAUUUUGGACGUGCAGCAAUUUGACCUGGGCAUUAUCUGUGUUAAUAACAGAAACAUUCAACUUCUCAAUAACACCUACAGGCAAAAAAAUGUCCCCACUGAUGUGCUUUCCUUCCCUUUUCAUGAGAAUCUGAAAGCAGGUGAGCUGCCUCAGCCUAAUUUUCGAGACGAAUACAAUCUCGGUGAUGUUUUCCUAGGAGUAGAGUAUAUCUAUGAGCAGUGCCAAGAAAAUGGAGAGGAUUACUACAGCAUUCUUACAGUGACUGCAGCUCAUGGACUGUGCCAUUUGCUGGGAUACCAGCACAACACAGAAGCAGAGUGGGAGCAGAUGUAUCAGAAGGAAAAACAAAUUCUUGAGGAGCUAAAUGGAAUCACUGGUGCAAACCUCCAGCCACUGACUAAAUACCAUUUCUGAUCCCAUCACAAGAAAAAGAGAGAAGACCCCGAAAAAAAAAAUCCUUACACUACUAAGAAACCAAGUGGCAUGGAUACAACUAACUUAUGUAUUAAGUGAUUUAUUUAACAGAUAUCUAGGUUAACUUCAUAUAAUGUCAACAGAAUGCCUUACAUUGUAGUGUGUAAUAAAAUUCAGCCAAACAGCUUCUCUCUCAAGCAGAGUGCAGUUGUAUAUGUAACUUGUAACCAGCAAUGGACUCCAGUAUCAAACAACACAAAUGUAUUUGAAGUAUCUACUGGAGACCCACAGAAGCAGCUGAAAACUACAGUGGAAUCUGUAUUUCAGUUCAUUAAAUUGUUCAGAUAUAA